GAUCAUGACCUUCAGCCUGAAAUUCAUCUGCCCCGGACUCCUCCUGAUCAUCUUCUGCUACUCCCUGUACUCUUACCGACCCCCUAACUAUGGUGACUACAUCUACCCUACCUGGGCCACGGGACUUGGAUGGAUGAUAUCCUUUGGUUCAAUCUUUCCUUUGCCUGUUGUCUUCAUCUGGACGGUGUACAAAACAGAGGGAAAUUCAAUCAGAGAGAAAUUAAAGAAGUCGCUGGAACCUAACAUUCACUGGGUAUUAUCUUCGUCGCCUGAAAACACCAUGGAAUUAAUGUUCUAAAUUCAACACAUUUAAACUCCUUUCAUAUUACACAGGGAAUAUCAUAGUUUGGUGGUUUCAUGUUACAACACUUGCUGGAAACGAUGGAUUUCCGUAGUUGCCACAUCAUGAAAGGACUCAAACACCAUCUCCUCAUCUUCACAUUUUGUUUAUAUUUAUAAGUCCCUCUCUUUAAUCUAACGUGUAUGUUUAGUAACCAGUAACAACACUCAACAA